CUGAGCCGCCGUCACAGCCACGAGCACCCCGUGGAGGUCCCCUCGGGGGGCGGGGGGGGGCUGCAGGGAGGAGGAGGGGGGUUGGAGCGCAGCAACUCCGCACCCCUGCCCGCGGGGGGACUGAUGCAGCAGCUGCAGGCACCGCAGCAACAACAACAGCAGCUUCAGCAGCCGCAGUCUAAGAAGAGACGGGCUGCCAGCUCCUCCCACGGAGGCCCCGCUGCGCCCUCGGCUGCAGCUGCACUGGCCCCAGUACAGACAUCACAGCAGCAACCGGCCAGCACCCGCACCAGCACCAACACCCCCCUGACCCCGCCAACCUCAACUCCCAACGCAGCCCCGGCGGCAUGUAACGGCGCUGCAGACGCCGCCACUCCCACCCCCACCACCCCCACCUCCACCGCUUCCUCCGAUACCGCUAUCCCCGACCCCGACCCCCAGCAACAGCAGCAAGGGCAGCAGCCCCCCGCCCGCCCCUCCCGCGGCCCGCUGCUUGGCUCCACCCCCGUCCACACCGCCGGCCGCUUCAGCCUGCUGUCUAGCGAGCGCGUGUGGCACGAGAAACACACGGGACUAUACAACCUGGCGCUCAUCAUAUUGGUGCUCACAAACUUCAGGUUGGCCCUAGAGAACGCGCUCAAAUACGGCUGGCGGCUGAACCCGGUGGUGGUGGUGGGCGACCUGCUGGCUGGGCGGGGGGGCAGCCUGGGGGCGGGGGGCGGGGUGGUGAACGUGCCGCUGGUGGCCACCUACCCGUGUCUGCUGGCAGCAGCGGGGCUGAGCUGGGGGGUGGAGGUGGCGGGCUGGGCGCUGCUGGCUGGGGAGAUGCGGCUCCGCGACCGUCUCUCCAAGCGCUCCGACCUGCCCGCCCCCGCGCUCUCCGCCGCCCUCGCCUCCCGCGCCCGGGCUCACGAGUGGCUGUUGUUCCUGCUCAACACCGCCACCACCAGCUGCGUAAUCGGACUGCCCUGGGCGGUCAUCUAUCUCACAAAGGCCGAGCCCAUCUCCGGCGGCAUCCUGAUCGGGUUGGCGGUUGUGUUGUGGAUGAAGCUGGUGAGCUACCACCACUGCUGCGCCGAUCUGCGGCAGGCACGCAGGGCGGGGGAGCUGAGGCCGGGGGAGCGGGGAAGCGCGGACACACCGGCGGGAGGGGCGGAGUGGGGGCCACUGGCGAGGUACCCGGAGAAUCUGACGGCACGCAACAUGUUGUACUUCCUUGCCGUACCCACCCUCACAUACCAGGUCAACUACCCCCGCUCCCGCUCUAUCCGCGGGCGGUGGCUGCUGCGGCGCUGCUUCGAGCUGGCCAUCAGCCUCACCGCCCUCGCCAUCAUCAUCGGGCAGUACAUCCAGCCCACCGUAAACAACUCGAUGGGGCCGCUGCGGCAGAUGGACCUGCCCCGUGUGGUCGAGCGCGUGCUCAAGUUGGCGCUGCCCUCCACCUACGCCUGGUUGCUGCUGUUCUACGCGCUGUUCCAUCUGUGGCUCAACGUGCUGGCGGAGCUGACCCGGUUCGGGGACAGGGAGUUCUACAAGGACUGGUGGAACGCCGCCACGGUGGGCGAGUACUGGAAGCUGUGGAACAUGCCUGUGCACCGCUGGCUGCUGCGACACGUCUACUUCCCAGCCAUCCGAGCCGGCUGGCCGCGCUUCUGGUCGGUGGUGCUCACCUUCUUCGUGUCCGCUGUGUUUCACGAGCUGGUGCUGGGGGUGCCGCUGCACCUGGUGCGGCUGUGGGCGUUCGGGGGCAUCAUGUUCCAGGUACCUCUCAUCAUGGCAACUGAAAAGCUGCGCAAGCGGCUAAACCGAGAUGAGCUAGGCAACUACAUCUUCUGGAUCGCCUUCUGUGUGGUGGGUCAGCCGGUGUGUGUGCUGCUCUACUACCACGAUUACAUGGUGGGAAUACGGCCCGCGCUGCUGGCGCUGAGGGCGGAUGGAGGC